AUUAGUUUGAUUUCCAAAUCAUUAACUGGAUGUAUUUUGUGUAGUUUUACCUAUUUACCUUUAACAUUUGGAAACUUUGUGUCACUACUGAAUGUUUUCUCUGCAAAUUUCUCUUCAGUAAUUGACAGUAUCUAGUGACAUCUAAGCAGGGCAAAGAUCUGUGCUCCUCUGUUCCUUUUCUGCUCUAGAUCUCUGUGUCAUCAAUUCUUACAGAAAUUUGACUUGCCUUUAAGACAUAUUUGAUAGCUAAGAAAAGAAGGAAGUGGUUGCAAUGUUUUGAUAGAUACUGUGUAUUUUAUUAAUGCAUGGCAAUAACAUUGGCUUAUAAUUUGGGUGUAAAAGUGUUAUUGUGGUGUUUGGAUAAACGUAUAGGAACAUGUAGUGCAUUCUCAUCCUAGUGCAGAAUUCUUUGCAGGUUUGCUUACACUUGUUAGCCUCCAUUGCCCCAUUCCUCCUCCUGAGAAAUGGAUACUUUAGGUUAGUCUUCUAAUCUUAACAAUAUUACUCUCUUCUGGUACAGGUGGUUGAUAGUAGGUAUCCACAGUAAUUUCAUAUUCCAGUAUUUAAAGUAGCUGCAUUCCAGCACUUCUGAGCAUCUUCAGCUCCCCCUUUGAAGUGUUACUCAUAAAUAAAAUUAUACACAUCAACCUAUUCCCAGGAUCUGUGGGAAAAAGGAUAAUAGACUGGUAUGGUUUCUUACAUAAUUUUUUAUUGUGUGCUGCAUAUGAUUAUUAUUUUGCAGAAUGGUCCUGUGUUUAGUUAUAAAGGGAGAAGUUGCUCCAUUUCACUGAACUACAGGUCACCAUAAUGUGUUUUUCUUGACAUAUUAAUAUUUUUUCAUAGUGGGGCUUAAAUUAAAUGGUCUGUUUUUUAUGGCUGGGUGGUUCUAUCUUCAUCUGGAUAUUCUGAUUUAUAUGAAUUUUUAUCUCUUGCUUCCAUCCUUGUCCAAUUAUAUUCUUACCCUUCUCAUACUGGAGAUGUAUUUUAAAAUGCACAGAAUGUGCUCCCCGUUCCACUGCUGUCAGCAGGAGCUGAUGGGAGGGUCAGGACUUCAGCAUAUCAGAUGCUUGAGCUGUCACUUCAUCCUGAAUCCCAUCUACCAACAAGUCUUCUGUAAUAAUGUUUCUUCUUAGUUUCAAAGCCCUUCUUGAUCAUUUCAUACCUUUUGGCUAGAAUUAACUUAUUUGAUUUCCUUUAACGCCAUUAUGCCCCUCAGAGCUUUUUCUCGACAGACUUUCUGUGAAUUCACUAUUUUCCCUUCUUCUGAGUACUGAUAAAGUGACACCCUCGUGGGGUUCUCCCUGUCUUCCCUUUGCCCUUCAGUUCUCGCAUCCUUUCACUUUCAUUGUGGAAAACCAUCGGUGAAUCACAUCAUUGUACUUUGGCUCUUAAAAGAGUUCGGCUGCAGAUUCAUCCUUCCUUUUUCAUUCCAGUUAAGAGUUGUCAUAUCUCAGGUCCUAUACAGAGGCUGUCAUACAGAUUCUAACUGAACAGCUGAAGUAGGUGUUCCCUGUUUGAACGGCUUUCCCGGACCACCUGGCAAAAGAAAGAAACCUGCUGGUACAGGGUCGCGGGGCCGCGGUGCGCAAGGGAGCGAGGCGGCCCAUGGAGCCGGGGCUCGCCUGGCGGGCGGCGUAGCCCUACCCCCCGGCUCCCUCCCGCCGCUUUGUUAGCGCAAGCCCAAGCGCGCCUCACCUACACGGUGAAGAGGAAGGCAGCGCUCCCCCGCACAAUAAUGGGCACCCGGGCGCUGCCCCCCGGGCCGCCGCAGAGCAGCGGAAAGAAUGUCGGCGCGGGCCGCGGGUGACGUCAGGAGGGAGCAGCGCGGCGGCCCCGCCAGGCAGCGGCAGCGGCGGCCCCGCCACGGCGAGGGAGGAGGCGGAGGAGGCGGGAGCGGCGCCGGCCCCGCCGCCACCGCAGCGGCAAUGGCGGCCGUCGGGGAGCGCAGGUCCCUGCCCAGCCCCGAGGCGAUGCUGGGGCAGCCCUGGAGCCACUGGGUCGAUGCUGCUAAACUUCACGGGAACGACGGAACAGCAUUAGAAGAAAGUUUCAAGGAAUAUGGAAGAAACCGAGAAGCAAUGCGACUUUGCCGAGAAGAUAUGCCAAUAUUUGGUCUUUGCCCGGCUCAUGAUGAUUUCUAUUUGGUGAUGUGUAACCACUGUAAUCAGGUCGUAAAACCACAGGCAUUUCAAUCACAUUAUGAAAGAAGACACAGCUCCUCCAGCAAGCCGCCUUUGACUCCUCCCUCCUCUUCAGUAUUUUCCCUCAUUUCAUCUUUCCCUUCAAAAAGCAAAGGUAGCAGUGGAACUGGGAGCAAUCGUUCAUCCAGUGGAGGUACUAGUGCACCAUCAUCAAAUUCCAAGUUGUUGAAAUCACCCAAAGACAAGCUGCAGAUCAGCGGAAACAACAGGUUAAUGCAUUCGGUACAGCACAGCAAAGUCCCCCAUGAUAAAAUUAUGACUCCAUCUGUCAAAGUGGAAAAGAUUCAUCCAAAGAUAGAUGGUGCCCAACUGAAAGCUGCUGUUGGUCCAACUUGUUCUACUACUGUGAGUUCCUCAAUAAAGACUGGCCUUAAUUGUCCCUCAAUACCAAAGCCACCCUUGCCUUCCCCUGGACAGAUACUGAAUGGUAAAGGUCUUCUCUCUGUGCCUCCAUUUUUGGAAAAGAAACCUGAAGAAAAUACAAAUAAUAGGAAAUUUUUACAUAAAAGAUUGUCAGAGAGAGAAUUUGAUCCUGAUAUAUACUGUGGUGUCAUUGAUGUGGAAACCAGGAAACCUUGUACUAGGUCUUUAACAUGCAAGACACAUUCCUUAACCCAGCGGAGGGCUGUACAGGGUCGAAGAAAACGAUUUGAUGUGUUAUUAGCUGAGCACAAAAGCAAAACCAGGGAAAAGGAACUUCUUCGACAUUCGGAUCAUCAUCAGCAGAUGCCCCCUCUCAGGGAACCACAUCCCUCACCUACUAAAACUUCCCAGGAGCUGCACCAAAAUUCUCAUGGAGUUACUCUUACAGAAUCAAAGCCUUUAUUACCUAAUAAACCCAAACCUCACCCCCCCAGUCUUCCAAGGCCUCCAGGCUGUCCAGCCCAGCACAGUGGAAAUGCCCCCAGUGAGUCUCCUUCUGUCCACGAGUCCCCUCACCCUCCCUUGCCUGCAGCUGAGCCAGCAUCUCGGUUAUCCAGUGAUGAGGGAGAAUGUGAUGAAAAAGAAGAGCCUGUUGAAAAACUGGAUUGUCAUUAUUCAGGUCAUCAUCCUCAACCAGCCGCUUUUUGCACAUUUGGUAGUCAGCAAAUUGGAAGAGGUUAUUACGUGUUUGACAAGCGGUGGAACCAUAUUCGAUGUGCACUUGACUUCAUGUUGGAGAAGCAUCUUAAUUCACAAAUGUGGAAGAAAAUUCCUCCAGCACCCAGUACCACAGCAUCAGUCCGUGCUCCACAUCGGACAAACUCGAUGCCUGCUUCCCAGCACGGUGUCAGUGCAGCAGGUUUCCUCUUACCCACCACGGUUAUGUCAUCGCCAGCGUUGGUAUCUCCUUCCUGUGUGUCUCUGAAUAACAAAUCGGUACCAUCCCACGGAACGACACUAAAUGCCAAUCCUGCUGCUUUGGGGGCAGUGGAUCCUGUCUGCAGUAUGCAAUCGAGACAAGUGUCUUCAUCCCCUUCAACACCUACAGUGCUUUCCUCUGUACCUUCACCUAUGCCCAGCAAACCUCAGAAAAUGAAAUCCAGCAAAUCUUUUAAACCUAAGGAAUCUUCGGCUGGCAGUGGCACCUGUAACAGCACCGGCAGCGUCAGUAGCAGCGGCGGCUCAGGAAAGAAGCGUAAAAACAGUUCCGCACUGCUCGCACCUUCUCAUUCCACAGAGUCCUUCAGAAAAAACUGUGUGGUGAACUCUGGAAACUCUGGGACCUCCUAUCAUCCGUCGGUGACAGCUUCAUCCCACAGUGUUGGCCUCAACUGUAUGACUAGCAAAGCUAACUCUGUUAGCCUCAAACAUGACCAAUCAGGGAGGGGUCCUCCGACCGGGAGCCCUGCAGAAUCCAUAAAGAGAAUGAGUGUGAUGAUGAACAGCAGCGACUCCACGCUCUCCUUAGGGCCCUUUGUUCAUCAGUCCAGUGAGCUGACUGUAAAUUCACACAGCAGUUUUUCACAUUCACAUUCUUCCCUUGACAAAUUAAUAGGAAAGAAAAGAAAGUGCUCACCUGGUUCAAGCAGCAUCAACAGCAGCAGCAGCAAAUCAAACAAAGUUGCCAAAUUGACAUCGGUGAACAAUGUUCAUGCAAAACACACUGGUGCAAUCCCAGGGACGCAAGGACUGAUGAACAAUUCUCUUUUUCAUCAGCCAAAGGCCCGUCCCUGAUAGCUGAAGGCACCACGGUGAGAAACGAACUGGACAGUUUUCACUACAAGCAAAACCUCCAUCUGGAUUUCUGGACUCCAAGAUGCCUUGAGUUUUCCCAACUUCCCAUGGUCCUCAGGUGUGGAAAUCUACUGGACUGUCACUUAAACAAGGAAUUUCCCUGAAGCCAUGUCUGUAGCAACGAAUAUACUAGAAAUGGACACUGGAUGAAGUUCAGCCACAUAAUUGCUCUUAUCAGUGUUAACAGUGGUCUGGACUGUUUGCUACAAAUCUGUGAGAUUUUCCUUACAGGAGUACAUCAUCUUGCCACUAUUUGACAUAGUUUGGCUGGGCAAACGAAUGUUUUCUGGGGGGAAAUAAACGUUACUGUGGACUUAUUUUUAUACUGAUGGUGUCUUUUGUAGGUGAUAGCUAACCAGACAGACACCCUCAAUGGAGAGGACCCCGCGACAAGGGGAAAAAUGUGUGAGGCACAAUGGAAAGAAGCCCUC